GUGAGGGUGGCGGUAAAGGUGGUGGCGAGGGUGGUGGUGACGGUGGCGGCAAGGGCGGUGGCGAGGGCGGUGACGGCGAUGGCGGUGGUGAGGGUGGCGGCGGCGAUGGCGGCGGAGACGGUGGCGAGGCGGACGGAGGUGGCGGCGACGGUGAGGCGGACGGCGGCGGCGGCGAGGGCGAGGCGGAGGGAGGCGGCGGCGAUGGUGAGGCGGAGGGCGGCGGCGGCGAGGGCGACGCGGACGGCGGCGGCGGCGACGGCGAUGCCGAGGGAGGCGGCGGCGAUGGUGAGGCGGAGGGAGGCGGCGGCGAUGGCGAGGUGGAGGGAGGCGGCGGCGAGGGCGAGGCGGACGGCGGUGGCGGCGACGGCGAUGCCGAGGGAGGUGGCGGCGACGGUGAGGCGGAGGGAGGUGGCGGCGAGGGCGAGGCGGAGGGAGGCGGUGGCGAGGGCGAGGCGGACGGCGGUGGCGGCGACGGCGAUGUCGAGGGAGGCGGUGGCGACGGCGAGGCGGACGGAGGCUGCGGCGAUGGUGAGGCGGACGGAGGCGGCGGCGAGGGCGAGGCGGACGGAGGCGGUGGCGAGGGCGAGGCGGACGGCGGCGGCGGCGACGGCGAUGCUGAGGGAGGCGGUGGCCACGGCGAGGCGGAUGGAGGUGGCGGCGACGGUGAGGCGCACGGCGGCGGCGGCGAGGGCGAGGCGGAGGGAGGCGGCGGCGAUGGUGAGGCUGACGGAGGCGGUGGUGACGGUGAGGUGGACGGCGGCGGCGGCGACGGCGAUGCCGAGGGAGGCGGCGGCGAGGGCGACACGGACGGAGGCGGCGGCGAUGGCGAGGUGGAGGGAGGCGGUGGCGAGGGCGAGGCGGACGGAGGUGGCGGCGACGGCGAUGCUGAGGGCGGCGGUGGCGACGGCGAUGCCGAGGGAGGCGGCGGCGACGGCGAGGCGGACGGAGGCGGCGGCGAUGGUGAGGCGGAGGGAGGCGGCGGCGAUGGUGAGGCGGAAGGAGGCGGCGGCGAGGGCGACGCGGAGGGCGGCGGCGACGACGGCGAGGCGGAGGGAGGGGGCGGUGACGGUGAGGUGGACGGCGGCGGCGGCGAGGGUGAGGCGGACGGAGCCGGUGGUGACGGUGAGGCGGAGGGAGGCGGCGGCGAGGGCGACGCGGAGGGAGGCGGCGGCGACGGCGAUGUCGAGGGAGGCGGCGGCGAGGGCGACACGGACGGAGGCGGCGGCGAUGGCGAGGUGGAGGGAGGCGGUGGCGAGGGCGAGGCGGACGGCGGUGGCGGCGACGGCGAUGCUGAGGGCGGCGGUGGCGACGGCGAUGCCGAGGGAGGCGGCGGCGACGGCGAGGCGGACGGAGGCGGCGGCGAGGGCGAGGCGGAGGGAGGCGGUGGCGAGGGCGAGGCGGAGGGAGGCGGCGGCGAGGGCGAUGCUGAGGGCGGCGGCGGCGACGGCGAUGCCGAGGGAGGCGGCGGCGACGGCGAGGCGGACGGAGGCGGCGGCGAGGGCGAGGCGGAGGGAGGCGGCGGCGAGGGCGAGGCGGAGGGCGGUGGCGGCGAGGGCGAGGCGGAGGGAGGCGGUGGCGACGGCGAUGCCGAGGGAGGCGGCGGCGAGGGCGACACGGACGGAGGCGGCGGCGAUGGCGAGGUGGAGGGAGGCGGUGGCGAGGGCGAGGCGGAGGGCGGCGGCAGCGACGGCGAGGCGGACGGCGGUGGCGGCGACGGCGAGGCGGACGGCGGCGGCGGCGACGGCGAGGCGGAGGGAGGGGGCGGUGACGGUGAGGUGGACGGCGGCGGCGGCGAGGGCGAGGCGGAGGGAGGUGGUGGUGACGGUGAGGUGGACGGCGGCGGCGGAGACGGUGAGGCGGAGGGAGGCGGCGGCGAGGGCGACGCGGACGGCGGCGGCGGCGACGGCGAUGCCGAGGGAGGCGGCGGCGAGGGCGACACGGACGGAGGCGGCGGCGAUGGCGAG